AAAUAUUUAUAUCAUUAUUUACACAUUCAACGGGUUAAAUGACUUAAAACAGUUAAACAUAACAUAUCUAUUCUUCCCCGAAACGUGGUAUGUUAGUGUAUAAUAUAAAAUACGAUGUUAUAUGAAAUAUGAUACAAUGAGAAAAAACUAUGCCUUUAGUGCUAUACAACGAGCAUUUUGAAUUUAUGUUAAGUCAUUUCUUAUAUACAUGUAAUUGAAAUUUUCUAAAUUUUACUUCAGGAUUUCCUUGAUUAUACGAAAGACAUGUACCACUGUGCACAAUGAAAGUAGAAGAAGAAAUACAAUUCUUGUUAGCAAAGUUUUGUAGUAAGGAUAAAAUGUUAAAGUACUUUUUUCAGUUUCGAGAUGAAAUCGAAGAACUAAAAGAUCGCAUUCCUCUAGAAAAUUUUGCAGACUUUUUAAAAGUUUUGCAGUUAUUUGAUAAGUAUAACUUUUUGAAAAAGAAUAACUCGGUGGAAGAGGUUAGCUUAGUAAAAGAAGUCUGUAUAAAUACUGAAAUUUUCGCAGUUUUAAUAUCAUGUCUAGAUAUAAUUGUCUACAAAAUUGCGAAACUUCAUUUUGAAAUGCAUAUUGAUGCAAUACCUGAAGAUUGUUUUGAAACUGAAGCAACGUUUGAUGCUGUUAUAUGCCUUUUGAGAAUACUUAUCGUAGAAAUCAAGGGUAAAAGUUACUUCGAAGACUUGCUAAAUUAUUUGACUAAUUUCUUUACAGUUUGGGCAGAACAAAAUAAGUUUUCAAGUGUUAGUAACAUGGGUGCAUGUCCUGUAUAUGAUUGCAGUUUAAAAUUUCUAAUGAGAUUGUUAAAAUGUGUUCCUGUCACAGAUCAUCUGGAGUACAUCACUUACGAAACUUCUAUGAAGUUGUUCUGUGCUUUGCCUUUGUUAGAUCUGAAAACAUCAAAAUUCUUUCUGAAUUAUAUUUUACCUAUAAUUACAUCAUUUCAUAAUCUUUCUUUUACAGAAGAUGUGUUAAGAUCAAUUUGGAAUUUAAUCUGUUCAAAUUAUUCAUAUGAUAUAAAUAACUGUGAUGACAGAAAUAUAGGCAUUUAUAUAUUAUUUUAUUCUCUGGCUAAAAACAUUUAUAAUGAUUUCACUGAUAAUAGAACUUUCUAUAUUCAUAAUAACAUAUCAUUUUGGAAAAUGACCCUAAUGGGGUUAACUUCAAGACAUUCAUUCAUAACAAAACGAUCUCUGUGCAUAUUUAAAAUUUUCCUGUUUUGGGUGAAAACGAAGAACACUAAUAUUGUUAUUCUGGAUUGUGGUGUGUGUUUGUUUGCAGUCAAAUCUGUGAAAGAUCUUCCUGUCUGGAAUGAUAUAAUAACUUUAUUUGAAACACUUGAAGAAAAACAGGCACAUGUGAUCAAACCAGUACUGCCUAAAUUUUUAAGGAUUAUACAGUUAACUUCAGCUGCUACAUCAGAUGUACAGCAUAAGGAUCUGAUUUUACACACAUCAUGGCUCAUACAUCUUUUGAAAAGAAUGCUGAAUCACGAGAACAAAUAUAUUGUUAAAUGGGCUUUAUCCACAGCUAUGAAUCUAGAUUUUCAAAUUUGUCCAAUUUCUCAACAGAAUUCUAAGCUAUUUAUCCAAAUAGUAAUUGAAGCUUUUAAUGAUCAGAAUUUGUUCUCUAGAACAGAGGGAAAAGAUGGCUAUUUUCGAUGGCUCUCUGCUAAGAAGAUACAAAAAUUUCUGAUACAUUAUAUUUCUGUUUUUGAAACUGAAUCUGAAAGAGUUGACCUAAUGAGAAAUCUUCUAAGUAUUAUUGCAUGCCAGUCAUGGUGUGGUGUAGCACUACUGCAUUUCACUUUUGCAUUGUCAAGAAUGGAUAGUAUAUUUGCAUGGGAUCAGAUGGACUUAGUUAAUAUGAGAAAAAUUAUUUUAGAUUUACAAAGGACCCAAGCUCAGGUUUUUAGAGCUGCUCUGGAACAUUGCCUGCUUGAAACAUGCAUAAACUUUUUAGAUUGGAAUUCAAUCUCAUCUAAUGAUUUGGCUGAUCUUUUGAUGCUUUUUAAAACUGAUGUAGUUCUUCAUUCCAGACCACGGAAUAAGCUCCUUAUGAAAUUGAAGGAAAUGUUUUCUUCUGAAGCAUACAAAUUGACUUUAAAUGAAGCAUAUAAAUACUGUGCAGAGUGCAUUCAAAGAAUUGAUGCAAGUUGCAAUAAUGCAGAUGCAGGUUUUGAAAUUACUUGCUUUUCUGAGAUGAAGAAAACUGUCAGAAUAUUUGUCUUGUUUCUUGAAGCAUUUCUUAUCUCAUCACACAGAAAUAAAGAAACAUGCUCAAACUGGUAUUCACUUUUUAAACCUAUUGUGUGUACUUUAUCCAGUGCUCAUAAUAGACCAUAUAUGUCUAUGAAAAGGUUCUUAACUGCAUUGCAGUUUAUAAUUGUUUUAUACCAAGAAGCUGAAGGAUGUUUAACAGAUGAAAAGAGUAACAUAUAUGCUAAUAUUCUUGUUGAAAACAAAACAGAGUUUGUUGAAUUUAUGUAUCAAAAAAUAUUUAUGAAUUUAAAAAAUGAUAUUGAUAUAGCUCAGAGCAAUAUAUUUUUUGAUGCCUUGCAUUUAUUAUCUUCUUUAAAAGCAUACAAAUGUGCAUUUUAUAAUAAUUUACCUAUUUUGCUAAAAAAAUGUGAAUUUCUUAUAGAAGAUUCUUCUUUGAAAAAAUCUCAACUUCUUGCCUCAUGUAGAAUUUUGAAUUUUUUAUUCUGCCAUCUUCCUGAUACUGAGCAACUAAUGGAAUCAAGACUAGAUUAUCAUUUAUUGUUGAAUAUUAUGCAAGAGAAUAUUUUGCAGUUUAAUUUAGCCAAACCAGAAUUUGUAAAAAAUGUUGAGAAAAAUGAAUGGCUAGAAUUCACAACUAAAUCAGUAUGUGAUUUUUGGAAUGUUGCAAUACUUAUAAUCAAAUAUUCUUCGGAAGAUAAAGUGGAAAAUUUAUUCAAUGUGUUAGCAGAUAAUGCUCGAAACACAUAUGAACAAGGUCCAAUCGUAGCUCUUUUGCCCACUUUAAAAUGUAUGAAAGUUCUUAUUUCAAAAUUCGAUAGAUGCAGUUCUCAUUCAAUAUCUGAUUUGUUAGACACAUCUUGGAAAGCAUGUAUAGAAUUAAGAGGAAAUGAAAUAUUUCGUCCUGCUUUAAAAUGUUUUAUUGAAAUUAUUUUUCAACCUGAAAUGUUAUAUUUUCAUGAUGUUUUACAUGAAUAUAUUGAAAAGCUACAAAAACUGGAGGAAAAUACUGUUGGUGUUUUUUACUACCUCAUAAAACACUUUUGUAAUGUUUUUAAGCUGAAGACUCUGAUUAAUUCAAAAUUCAAUAGCAUACCUUUGCUUGUGCAAGCAUUAACAUAUGGACCCAUUCAUCAUAAAGGCCAAAGAGUAAUGGAAGAAACAAUAGCUUAUAUCAUUAACUUAGAUAAUGAUCUUGCUACUAGUAUAUCAGAUGUUAGCGAGCCAUCUUUCUGUGUAAGAAUUAUAGCUAUUGAUUUUCUGAUGAAAAACUUAUAUUAUGAAUUGGGAUGUGAUGCUGAAGAAAAAGAAAAUUUUGUUUUGAAUUUAAUUAAUUCUUUAAUUGAUACAGACAUUAGUGUCAAUUAUACACGUAGUUCUCGGUUUGUUAAUUCAUAUAGCCACAGACUGAGAAAUAGAAUAUGGCAAGUAAUUUUAAUUUUACAAAAGAGUGUUCAUAAUAUAAAAAAUGUUGAAAAGCUUCUGUUGAGAGUUCAGAUUUCUUUAGAAUCUGAUAAUCAACAGCCUUCGGUUCGUUACUUUCAAGAAUGGAUUAUUUUCAGCUUCUUGUAUUCUUUUAAUUGUUUACUCAGUAAUUUUAUUUCAAUAAUAGAACAGUCAACAGAAAAAAGACCUGGCAUGAUUAUUUCCUUGCUUUCUGUGUUAGUGCUUUUGAUUUUGCAUAAUGUACUAAAAUCAAAAUGUGACAUUCUUCAAUGUUUCCCUAUAAUAAUAAAUUUUUGCAUGGCCCAAAAUUUUACUGUAAGACUGUAUGCACAAUUAGCAUUAAAUAAAUUAUUUUCAUUGUGCCAGAAAGAAAAUUAUACAGAUAUUAUUCUAAAAUAUGAUUUUAUUCAUAAUAUAAUAGAAUCACAAAAUUUGAUUAAUGGAGUUGGUAAUUUUUACAAGAAUAUACAAAAACUGUCUGAUGACUUUUAUUUUUCAUCAUUUCAUCCCAUAGAGCACUUAAGCUUUCAGACAAUUUUCUUUCAUAUACCACGCCUUUCAAAUAUAGCUCCUGAUGAAUGGAUUAAACCAUCAAUGAUGGAAAAAUAUGUAUAUUCUGAUCUAAAUUAUCCUAUAUCCUUAUAUAAUUGUGAUGAAAAACUGAACAAUAGCAUUACAACUUCUUGGUCUUCUAAAUCAAACUGUGAAAUGCCAAUUGAUUGUUAUGAUUCAGUGGAUUAUAAUUUUCAGAAAAAAGUUUGUCCUUGGCAGGAUACUUUAAGCAGUGAGAAUAGUGAUGAUCUAUUUGGUGAAAGAAAACAAAAAACAAGUGGUGAUUUAAUAGUUGUAGCAUCCCUUAUUGAUAGAAUUCCAAAUUUAGGUGGGUUAUGUCGCACUUGUGAAGUCUUUGGUGUUUUUGAAUUUGUGAUAGGAUGCCUCAAAUAUACAGAAGAUAAGCAAUUCCAAAAUCUUGCUGUUUCAUCUGACAAAUGGGUUUCAAUUAAGGAAGUUAAGCCUUAUCACUUAAAGGAAUAUUUAAUCUCUCUCAAAGAAAAAGGUUACUCUUUAAUUGGAGCAGAACAGGCUGAUGAUAGUCAUAAACUUACUAACUAUAAAUUUCCCAGAAAGUCUGUUUUGCUAUUAGGCCAUGAAAAGGAAGGACUGCCAGUUGAUUUUAUUCAAUUACUUGAUGACUGUGUUGAAAUACCACAGCAAGGAAUAACGAGAUCAUUAAAUGUUCAUGUGAGUGGUGCAAUACUUAUUUGGGAGUACUCUCGACAACAUCUUUAUAGUUCAUGAGUCAAGGUAUUAAAAGUACUUUUGUAAUAAGAAUCUCUUUCAUGAUUUUUAUAAGAUAUUAAAAAAGCUUUUGUAGUAAAAAUUGCAUUAGUUUGUUCUGUUAUCUUUUAUUAUAUGCUGAUAAGAUUAUGUAAUUUUUAUUAUAUUGAUGUACAUUUUAUAUUGUUAUUACAUGAAAAAGCUGUCACAAAUACCAGUGGUCGCCAAACUCAUGAAGCUUCUGAGCUACUGUUCCAUUUUUAUAAAUCCUUUUGUGAGCUACCGACCAAAACAACUACCAACGUUUUAAGAAAAAUCUUAAAUUUUUUUUAUUGCCUAUAAACUUACAUUUCUAGUAAAUAUGAAAUCAAUUUUAAUUAAACUUAUGUAACAAAAAGAAACUGAAAUUGAACUGUACAUAAGAAAGAAACUGAAGUAUAGUUAGUAAUAAUUAAGAAAUGCAAUAACAGAUUUUUUUAAAUCAGAUUUAUUAAUUAUAAUGAGAAGGAUGGAGCCCUUAUUUUGUCAUCAACAAGAUGUUUAAUGUUGGGAUGUGAUGCUGAAGAAAAAGAAAAUUUUGUUUUGAAUUUAAUUAAUUCUUUAAUUGAUACAGACAUUAGUGUCCAUUAUACCCGUAGUUUCCGGUUUGUUAAUUCAUAUAGUCACAGACUGAGAAAUAGAAUAUGGCAAGUAAUUUUAAUUUUACUAAAGAGUGUUCAUAACAUAAAAAAUGUUGAAAAGCUUUUGUUGAGAGUUCAGACUUCUUUAGAAUCUGAUAAUCAAAUAGUAGUAAAGUAGGAAAUGGCUGCCUUUCGAAUGCAAUUGUCUGUUCUUCAGGUGAGUCUGUUUCUAUACUCAUUUUUAAUUAAUUUCAUACUAGAAAAAGAAAUCUUACCCAGAUAUGUAGAGCUGAAACUUUGCCUUCACUUUGAGACAAACCUGAACUAUAAUUGGUGUUUUUUUUCCCCCCGGAAUAAGAGCCCAAAUAUUUUCAAAGCUUGAAGAAAGUGAUUUUACAGAUAAAUCAUUUCGAAAAUCAGUAAGUUUCAUCUCCACUGCAGCAUUGUCUUCUUAAAAAUCAAGGCAUGAAGCACCUCUUGAAAACACUGUAAAACCCUGUCUCUACUCAAACAGCAGACUUCUGUAUGAAACACUAUAUCACCAUAUUGGCAAUCUAGUAGCAUCAAUCAAUACUCUGAACAAACAUCUCUGAAUUGCAUGUACUCUAAUUUUGUUCACUAUUUUUAUGACUGUUUCAUUGCAUUUUUCAUACUUAAAAACUUUCUGCACAGUGACUCGCAGUGUAUUUAUUACACAAUGGUAAGACAGAAAUUUUGGAAAGCUGUUGUCUUUAUGACAGAAAGUUAUGAAUCCCUUCUCUCUGCCUACCAGGUGCAAAAGCUCCAUCAGUUGCUAAGCUCACCAACUUAUUUAUAGGAAUAUUUUUAGAGUUGACAAGAUCUUUAACUGUUAAAAAUGUGCCCUGUCCUCUAAUGCAUCCUGUUAAUGGUAUAUCCAAGUUAGUAAAUGUCUAACACACGAAAAAGAUAAUGUGUACAACCUCAUGCAUAUACAGUCAUUUAUGAGAAGGCUGACAAUGGCAGUUGCACAGGAGAAACAAUCAGCUGUUUUGCCAGCACCUCCUAUCUUCAGCAUCAGCUCAGUGGAGGAAUCAAGGUUAAGCAACCGGAGCGCUAACUUGAUCUGCCGAAAAUAUUCUCACGAGUAGCUCGCAAUUGACGGUUUGGCGAUCACUGACAAAUACUAAAGAUUAAAUUUGUGUUUAAAAUUAAGACAUAAAUCUGUUAAGACUUUUUUUGAAAUUUCACUAGCUGAAUCAUGUGUAGUAUUGUUACACAAUAGCGUCAGAAAUACUUUUAUACUUUAUCAUAUGAUUUUUUUUAUAACAUUUAUGGUAGAAAAUUAAAAGUCCUUAGUUGAAGGGCACUUACUUUUGAAAUGCAAAGAGAGCUGUUUGUUUAUAUUUUGUAAAAGAUAACUUUAUUAUUCUGUAAAAUAACAGAGAAUAUAAAAAUUGGGCAGUUAAAAGUGCUCUCUGUUAUAUAAUUGUUACCAGCUUCUCUUUUAUUUCAAAAUUAUCAAAAAUAAUUUUUGCAAAAAUGGCCGACUGAGUUGUAUCAACUAUAUCAGUUGAUUCGUCAAGUUUCAGGGAGAAAUAGCUACAGCAUUCAACGUCAGUUUUAAGUUGUGAGGUAACGUCAGAACGCAUAACUUCAACCCUUCUCAUUAUUGUAUUUGCAGAAAACUGUACAGAUUUAAUAGCAGACAUUAUCUCAGUUUUAUUUUUGAAACUAUCAAAUAAUGCAUAUGCAGCUUUUAAAAAUGCAAUUUUGAUUAUUUCUCCAUCUUCGUAUGGUUUCUUAUUCUAUGCAUUAAUACUUGAAACUUGGAAUGACACCUCCGUUGCUGCUUUAUUCUUGCUUAAUGGUUUUAAAAAAGUUGAUUGUUGAGCAUUAAGUUUAGGUUGUAGCUGCCUUAUUUUUUCUUUCCUUAGAGAAGAAUUUAGUAGAAAAUUCUUUUCAAUUCCUGCAUGAAUGGUUUUGAAGUGAUGGUCAGCGUUCCAUUUCUUCCCGACUGAUACACUUGCACAGCACAGUACAGUAAACACACACAUUUGCCCUUCACCUGGAUCGGUUUAAAGAAGUAAUCGGUUUCUCAUUCUGAAUGAAAGUGAUAAGUUUUUUACUUGAACACGCCAUCAUUACAACAGACCUAGCUUACUAAUAAUGUGUAAAUCGAAGUAUCCAAGUUAGCAAAUGUCUAACACAUGAAAAAGAUAAUGUGCACAACCUCAUGCAUAUACAGUCGUUUACGAGAAGGCUGACGAUGGCAGUUGCACAGGAGAAACAAUCAGCUGUUUUGCCAGCACCCCCUAUCUUCAGCAUCAGCUCAGUGGAGGAAUCAAGGUUAACCAACCGGAGCGCUAACGCGAUCUGCCGAAAAUAUUCUGACGAGUAGCUCGCAAUUGACGGUUUGGCGAUCACUGACAAAUACUAAAGAUUAAAUUUGUGUUUAAAAUUAAGACAUAAAUCUGUUAAGACUAUUUUUGAUAUUUCACUAGCUGAAUCAUGUGUAGUAUUGCUACACAAUAGCUUCAGAGAUACUUUUAUACUUUAUCAUAUGAUUUUUUUAUAACAUUCAUGGUAGAAAAUUAAAAGUCCUUAGUUGAAGGGCACUUUAGUUCCUUUUGAAAUGCAAAGAGAGCAGCUGUUUGUUUAUAUUUUGUAAAAGAUAACUUUGUUAUUCUGUAAAAUAACGGAGUAUAUAAAAAUUGGGCAGUUGAAA